AUGACUCUCCUUCAGCCUUCCAAUGCCUUGGUACUUUGGCUUUCACUGCUGAUGGUACCAAGUUCAGUGAACAUGGAUAAACCUGAAGAGAAAACUUAUUCCUGCCCAGUAAUUCAGUGCAGUGCUCCUGCAGUCAUUGGCUUACCAGGCAGAGAUGGAAGAGAUGGUCCCAAAGGUGAAAAAGGAGAACCAGGAGAAGAACUGAGAGGUCCACCAGGUUUCCCUGGAAAAGUGGGACCUCCAGGAUUAAAAGGAGACUUAGGACCACAAGGAGAGAAAGGAGAAAAAGGAGAACGUGGAAUUGUAGUAGCCGAUGACCUGCAGAGAAAAGUAACUGCUUUGGAAACAAAAAUACAAGUUUUGGAGACUGAACUAAACAGAUACAAACAAGCUUUGAUUUUAAAGAAGAUCAAGAGUAUUGGUAGAAAAAUAUUUGUCUCAACUGGAAAAGAAGAUACUUUUGCCAAUGGAAAAUCCCUUUGUGAAAAAGCUGGGAGUGUACUUGCCUCUCCUAGGAAUGAGGCUGAAAAUACGGCCAUAAAAGACUUAAUGGCACCUUCAAAGCAGGCUUAUAUGGGGAUAUCUGAUGAACAGACUGAAGGCAGGUUCAUGUAUCUGAAUGGAGGAGCUGUAACUUACAGCAACUGGAAAGAUGGAGAACCAAAUAAUCUAAAAAAUGAAGACUGUGCAGUAAUACAAGACUCUGGAAAAUGGAAUGACGUUAAUUGUUUGAGUUCAAAUGUCUUAAUUAUCUGUGAAUUUUCGAGCUGA